CACGUGCAUCUCUUUCCCGGCCCAAGAACACUCUCACUUACAUGAUUUCACUGAUGUACCCUUCUUCUUCCUCCUCUCUGUUCCAAACCCAAGUACUACAAUAAUUCUCUCACAUUCCCAUGGAAGGUAAAGCCAUCGCGACGUCUCUCGGUGGUGAUCGUGUAUUGAUAUUCCCGUGUUCUCCUCGCUCUUCCUUCGUUUUUACAUCCCGGCUCUCUAGCCUGCCUCUAAAGCGUGCGUCUAUCGGUGGUGCUGUCUCUUGUUCCGGCGUCAAUGGCUUGACUCGGUGGAAUUCCAUUGUUUCGACUCGCCGACUCGUUCCUGUUCGUUCAAUUAACUCGGAAUCGGACUCGGACUCCGACUUCCCUCACGAGAAUCAGCAGGGAAAUCCAGGUUUGGGGAAAUUUAAGGAAUACCAAGAAUGGGACUCAUGGACGGCCAAGUUCUCCGGUGGAGCAAACAUUCCGUUUCUCAUGCUCCAAUUGCCUCAGAUCAUCCUCAAUACCCAGAAUCUUUUGGCGGGAAACAAUACCGCUCUUUCGGCUGUCCCAUGGCUGGGAAUGUUGACUGGUUUGUUAGGAAACCUUUCGUUGCUUUCUUAUUUUGCUAAGAAGAGAGAAAAAGAAGCAGCUGUGGUGCAAACACUGGGAGUGGUCUCUACUCACAUUGUGCUUGCACAGCUCACAAUGGCUGAAGCAAUGCCUAUUCAGUAUUUUGUUGCUACUUCAGCUGUUGUCACCAUCGGUCUCAUUGUGAACUGUUUGUACUAUUUCGGUAAGCUUAACAAUACACAAAUGCAGGGCUAUAAAAAAUUUGAUGCCGGGAAAAAAAUACUAAAGAAGCCUAGAACGGACCAUUGCAGUAAAAAGAUCCAGCUUUGGAAGCUCGACUACACAAUCGACUAAUGAAAACUGAAAAUUAUCAAAAGCAAUUCAUUUAAGAAAGUCUACCUUCCAUUGAAGACGAUAAAGAGCUCACAAGAUUAUAGGCGACAGUAGCGAUGAUGUUAGUUUAUUUCUGUUUCUCUUUGGUAUCAAGAUUGAAUCCUGAGAGUUCGACUUCGAUUGUGUAGUUGUUGAGAAUUGUG